AUGCAACAACAAAUACUUCUACUUUCCCUUUGGCUGGUGUCACUUUUAUCAGUGCCGUGCGCCUCUUUUACUAGUUGUCCCACAAAAUGCUCCUUUCCAUCUCCUCCUACCACUAAAACUGCUGGUGAGACCACUCAUUUGUUCGCAUCCUCCCCCACCACGUCACAAGUGGAUGAUUUGCUAUCACAAUUGCAAAAGGAAGCCAAAGAAGUAGGAGAAUGCGCUCAGAUCUUGGGAGAAGCUAUUUUCAAAUCCGACGCGGAAGUAAAGGCCGAAGAUAUUGUCCAAAUAUGCGAUGCUUUGGAUGCGUUGAAAGAGCAAUCAUCAGAGAACGACAACGGUGACACCUCGACACUCGUCAGCAGCAGACUCCAAUUGCGGAAGCUUGCCCUUCAAACCAAACGAUACGAAUGGUUGGUCAAAUUAAUGAAAGCAGACUACGAUGCGUAUAUUGCCACUGCUUCCUUUGUGAGCCCGUCGAGAAUUCCAAGAAUGGAAUUGCCCAAUCUACAAGAUGUUCCCAUGGAUAACACAUUAUUGACCAAUGUGGAGAAGGUGGAUGCUGCUACUGCUACUGCUACUACUACUAAUGCUUCUAGUAGUCAACUAAACGAUGAGAAUACUGGACUCCCAUUAGUGGCCGACUGCGAAUUGGACAAUAUGGAAUACCAAGAAUCCUUGUUGGACAAGAUCCUGCUAAGCAUCUUUCGCAAGUUGGUCGUUCAAAAUACUGGUGGAGUGACCUCGGAAAAGGAAUCCAUUUUGGGAUUGGUGGAACAAGCCCGAACUUACAUGCUCCAACCAGGCCAGACGGCAGAAGCCCAGCACAAAAUGGUCAAGGAUACCCUCGCUGGAUUGAUGACUCCCGUCUUGCCGCCAUUUUAUCGAAUUUUCAUGUCCGGCAUUGUUCCCAAAAAUUUGGGCACGGACUACGAUGGCAAACAGUUUGGUCCCUGGUUUUACGCUCCCUUCUUGACGUCCUUUGUGACUCCCACCUUUUUUGGCUUUUUGGUAGGUCCCUCGCAUGUCAACCGGCGCAAGGAUGGACGAUUGGGUGGACUGGUGGUGGAAAAGUGCAAAUUUCUCCAAGAAUCUGGAUGCAAGGGCCUGUGUCUGCACCAAUGCAAAUUGCCCGCCCAAGAGUUUUUCAAAGACGAAUUAGGCUUGCCCUUGACCGUCCAACCCAAUUUUGAAACCCAAGAGUGUCAAUGGAGUUUUGGAGAACUACCUGUACCACCCAAAGAGGACCCUUACUUUCCAUCGGGGUGCUUGGUGGGAUGUGAAUCACGCAAACAAAUUGCGGCGAAUGGUGGGAACGCGGAUGCUUGCAACUAA